AGCCUCUAGCCAAUCAGCGGUUGUCAGAGACACAUGAACGGUGAUAACUAUCCACGGAACAGGCUGCACCGCUGCAGGAACAAAGAAAGCCGCCCGUUGCAUGUAAAACGUCCUUUCACUUCGUCAACGUGGACAAAUCUCUACUUCGUAGAAGCAGGUUUUGCUUUACUUUAAACACUUCCCCUAACUGUUAAAUGUCACUCUGCGUCGUAAGUCUGACUGGUUGGUUUGGCUCAGGAUAGAGGAAAACUUGGCGUCGUGAGAGGUUUGGGGUCGCCUUUCUCGAAACGGUCUUGCCUUGGAUACGCUGGUUGGAAGGUACCGACGGAAAUAACCAGCUUGAUAGUGUGACCUGUGACUUGGCAGAGAUGCACUUUUAUCAGGACGCCUGCAUUUGGAUGGAUUAAGAGGAGUGUGGUUUCCCCUGGCUGAAGACGGCGUGUGUGUCCAAUAGCGCCUUUCCACCCAGGACCCACUGUGUUGCCAUUGUGCCCAUGAGGUAACGUCAGGACCUACCGCCCCCUCAUUACCACCCUUGGUCCAUCCAUUUCCCUCCUCUCUGUCCCUUCUUCCCUUGAACCCACCCAGCCAUGGGCCAAAAGAUCUCUGGCAGUAUCAAGUCAGUGGAUGUACGCGGGGAGCCCUCAUAUCGGCCAGUACGCCGUGAGCUGCGGGGCCCAGAUUUCUGUCGGCCCCCCAGGCUGGACUUACUGCUGGACAUGCCUGCAGCCACCCCCGAGACCCAACUUCGUCACGCCUGGAACCCUGAUGACCGGUCACUCAAUGUCUUUGUUAAGGAGGACGACAAGCUGACGUUUCACAGACAUCCAGUGGCACAGAGCACAGACUGUAUCCGAGGGAAGGUGGGCUACACCAGGGGCCUCCAUGUUUGGAGGAUUCACUGGCCGACCAGACAGAGAGGCACCCACGCUGUUGUGGGCGUGGCCACUGCUGAAGCAUCUUUACACUCGGUGGGCUACACAGCCCUGGUGGGCUCGGACUCUGAGUCCUGGGGCUGGGACCUGGGUCGAAACAGACUCUUCCACGAUGGAAAGAACCGUCCUGUUUCCACGUCGGCACCUACAUAUCCCUGUUUCCUGGAGCCAGACGAGUCAUUUGUGCUGCCAGACUCGCUGACAGUAGUACUAGAUAUGGAUGAAGGAACACUGAGCUUCAUGGUUGACGGACAGUAUCUGGGAGUAGCUUUUAAAGGGCUGAAAGGCAAGAGACUGUAUCCCAUCGUCAGUGCUGUGUGGGGGCACUGUGAAGUAUCUAUUCGCUACGUCAAUGGCCUAGAUCCGGAGCCCCUCCCCCUCAUGGACUUGUGCAGACGAGUAGCUCGAUUGGCUCUGGGUAGAGAGCGCAUCCAUCACAUCGACACACUCCCACUGCCGCAGACGCUCAAGAACUACCUCCAGUACCAGUGACAUCAUAAUCGUAUACGGGAAGGAACUGAGGCCCAUUUGUUCUUAUGGUAACCAGCCUCCAAACUGAACUUAAUUAUAACCAUCAGUCAUCUGCUGAGGAUGUGGACGAUUGACAUGACAGGUGGUGAAGACGGCGCUGCAAGGGGUUUUGUUUACAACAGUUGGGGGUUUUCCAUUUUAAAUGCUUUUUAUCUUCUGGUUUUCAGCCUUUUUUUGCUGUUUUUCUUCUGUUAAGAUGACUAGAGGAGCUGAUGAAUGAAAUGAAGUAAGAAAUUUAAGUUUCCUGGUUAUUACGUGUAUAUAUAGUCCUCAGUUUGUAAGGCCUUAAAUGCUGUGGUUUGGGGUGACAGUUUACCCCAACAUCUUUUCUGCACGGACUCUGUGCCUUCUCGGAAACAUGUUAUUUAUAUAUAUAUUCCCAACAACACAGCAGGCUCUGUGGAGAUGCAACAAUUCCUCCAAGCCACAGGAGAGAGAGUGAGAGAGUGAGCAAGCAUGAGAGAGAGGGAGAAAGUCCACACACAGUUCUAUUUAUGUUGGUGUGUACACAGUGCAGCACACACAGAUUGCAUGCACUAUAUACUGUGUGUGUGUGACUCUGUGCCAGGAGUGUACAGAAACAAAGCCCUAACUGUCUGUAGUAAGAAGACAACUCACUGACAAGCAGGCAGUUACCACCUACAGGCAAAAAAAAAACCAACAACUCCAGUCUGGUUUAAACGGUGUGAAUCACUCUCCUCUCUCCUGCCAGCUUGUCUCUCUCUUUCCAUGUCUCUUCAUCACUCGCUCCAGUUUGAUUCAAGCCUACAUGUUUGGUGAACUCCAAGGACCCUGGUGCUGUUUGUCGACACUCUAUCAGCUCCUGUAACGCUGAUAGAGAGUAAUCUGAAGGUGAAGCUGUGUGUUCCACUGCUAAUGUGCCUGCUCUAAAACAGAAACACAAAAAGCACAUGACGACACUUGUCCCCCAAAAUAGUUUUAAAUGCUGCUUUUUCAUCUUUUUCUUUCACCAUCUUACCCUCAUGUGGGGUUUUAUGCCUGAUUUAGUUUUGAAAGUUAUUGUCUUAUGAGAUUUUUAAUAUUUUUUGUUUUUUUUGUUUUUUUUCAUUCCACGAAUUUUGAGAUUUGUCUGCGGGACAGGUUGUCUCGCAGGUAUAGAUAGAAAAAUGUGCUGGCAUGAGAAUCUUUUAAAUGUGAAUAAGAAUAAACUCAGCUAAACUCGCA